UUUCUGAGUAUUGCAAUAGGGUUUGUCUGUUUUUGAAUCUCUCUGCAAAUUAGGGCUUUUUCGCUUAGCCAUGGAUAUGGAUUUGAAUUGACCUUUCUCAUCGUUUCUAGUUUCAUAUUGUCAAGCUAAGUUUUACUCCUAUCUUCGUUGUGUUUUCUCCGAUUAUUAUAGGAUGCAAUGAAAAGAUCGUGAACGCCAUUAAACCUCUGAUGUUUGAAGAAAGGUAUUGCUAGACCUUUAGGUAGAGACGAUAUAAUUUGGUUGCAGAACACAAGAGGUAGACAAAAAUGGAAGGUGAGGAAGGAGAAGGGAUAAGACUAAGCAAGAGAUUCUCUUCGGAAACAAGUAAAGGAGGAGAAGUCGAUUACAAGACCAAGUCAGGCACCGCGUGGAGCCACUCGUACCUGAACCAGAAGCCGUGGCACCCACUUUCCUAUCCAAACCAACGCCGCAAAUGGAUCGCCGAACAGACCCACGCCAAUCAUGAACGCCGAGCCGAAGAGGUCGCUCGCGAGUAUGCUCAAGAACAAGAAUUCUUUCGCCAAGCUGCUAUGGUUUCCAAGAAAGAGCAAGAGAAGUUGGAAAUUAUGAAAGCUGUGAGCUUCAUGUAUGUUCGGCCACCGGGUUACAAUGCUGAAAGUGCUAAAGCAGCAGAGAUUGCCGAGGAAAGGAAACUGGAAGAGCAAAGCAACCCUAAUGUAGAUGGGCCCUCCACUUCAAUGCCAUCAGAAUCUAUACCAGGUAAAGGUCAACUUGCUGAAGAAAAGAAAAAGCGCAGGCCGAAAGAUGUUUUUGGGCGCUCUUUGCCUACUGGAGAAGAAUUUGAAAUCUUGAAAAAUGCUCCACGGAUGGAGACUGGUGUUGCUGGGAGGGCUAAACCUUUUGGAGUUGAAAUACGCAAUGUUAAAUGUGUUAGAUGUGGAACUUUUGGUCACCAAAGUGGUGAUCGUGAAUGUCCAUUGAAAGAUGUCAUAAUGCCUAAUGAACAGAGCCGAUUGAAGAGAGAUGAUCCUUUGACUGCUAUCCUUGCCCACAUAGAUCCUAGUGAGCCUCUAAAGUGGGAGCUAAAGCAAAAACCGGGUAUUAGUCCUCCCCGUGGAGGCUUUAAAUUGGAUGAUCCCAACCAACAAAUAGUUGCUGAGGAUAUAUUUGAUGAGUAUGGAGGCUUCCUAAGUGGAGGUAUCCCUGAGUUGCUUAUCAACUUCCCGGGCAAACCUAAGGAUAAGUCCAGGAAGAAGAAUAAGCACAAAAAUAAAAAAUUAUCUCCUAAUAUUGAGGAGUUAGAAGAAAAUGAGUUUUCUUGUACUUCAGAGGAUGAAGAGAGAAGAUUGAAAAAACAGAAACACACAAAGAGCAAGAAAAGUAAAAAGAGGCGAACUCAUUAUGAAACAAGUACAUCAGAAGUUUCAGAGUAUGAUGAGCAUAAUGAAAAGAGCAAUCACAGGGAUUUUCAUACAUCAGAAGAAUCUGACGGCAGCCAGCACCAUCAUUCAAGUACUAAAAUCAAAAGCAGAAGAAAACACUCCCAUGAAAAUUCUGUUGAUUAUAGGCAUCGUCGAAUUGACAGAAACUUGCGUAAGAAGCCUUUAGUAUCAGAAGAGUCCGAUAGUGAUAGGCAUCAUAAUAGCAGACACAAGCAUUCCUAUGAUUCAUCUGAAGAUUCUGAUGGCCAAUAUAGAAGUAAGGACAAGCAUAAGCGUUCUUAUUCACACCAAGAUUCAGACACUGAAAGGCAGCAAAGAAGUGGUAAACAUAAACAUAGACGGGACCAUUUGAACUCUGACCAACGUCGGCAUCAUCACAGACAACGACAUCACCAUCACCGUCCUUAGUCUUGAUAAAAGAAAAUUCAUUUUCUUCUUGAAAACAGUUCUGCUUGAGUAGGUGUUGUAGGCUUGUUGUGGAAUGACAAUUCAAAUUAUUAUUGCCAUUUUAAUGGGGUUGCUCUUCUUAUUCUGCCACUGCCAAGAUCACAGGGCAAAUUCGGUCACUUCUAGCUUCAGGCCCCAAUGCAGACACAAAAUGUUUGCCAUUGGCAAUUAACGAGACUUGCAAGACUAGGAAGAAUUGAAGCUUCCCAAAUCCAUUGCAAUGGUUAACUUACAGAAAGUGUCAAAUGUUUUGUUCAAAUAGAUAGAUAAAUAGAAGGGUUUAUUCUUCUAAGUGGGUAGGCUAUAAUAUCUAUUUUUGCUAACUUAUACGCUAAAACAAAAGUUCAGAUGUGGUGCUGGUUUGGGUUGAUUUAAGCUUGUUUUCAAGUGUUAUACAAGAUUAAAAAAGAUUUUAUUAACGAAGUAUAUCAUUUUAUUCA